CUCACAUCAAUGUGCUUUCCAUUGUUUGCACCCCGUUUGACAGGAUCCUGUUUUUAACUAAGCACAGCUUUAAUUAGGUAACCUCUGAAGGCAGGCUGGUGUGCAUGAUUUAGUUUAGAGGGACCAGACACACAUGCUUUGAGUUCUUUGUGUGAAAAAAAUGUCAAACUUUGACUGCUUUUCCCUCCACUGACACAUUUAUCCUGUACCUUGUGUUGGUCUACAACAUAAAUUACCAUCAAAAGUCAUUGAAGUUGGGAAAAGUUCAGCAGGCAUAGACAUUUUUACAAGGCACUCUUAAAUCUAACAAGAAAACCUGACACAUUCUUGUGAUUCCAAUCUUGUCACUUAGCCUAUUACUCCACGUUGUUAGAAUGAAGUUCCUCCGAAUGCACACAGCCCGGUAUCUGUCAUCAGUUUCUCCAAAUGGUGGCCAUUGUACCUUCCAGAGUUCACGCCCUCUCGCUCUGCGCUCUCAGGCUCGGCUGUGCUCUUCUGACAGCGAAAGGCAGGGGAAGGAUUGAAGGGGAGGGAGCUGUGCUGCAUGUGGGAGGAGAAGGAGGAGGGAGUGAGCCGGAGGAAGGAGAAGCACUCUCAGUUUCUGGGAGCUCGGCUCGCUGAAGGCCACAGAAUGAGCUCAGUUGCUUUCCUCCCAGCCUGAGAGGCAACUGCAGGAUUUCUACUCUUUGGCUUCCCUUUUUGUGCCAAGCCUUAGAGGAAGACCAUGCAAAUUUGCUCUUUUUUUUUUAGUUAGAUCUCUUUUAACCUUUCUCCCACCACCGUGCCUUUAUUGUUGCCUAAGAAGUGCAAUGCCUGUAGUUGGUGUGGCUUCCAAGCUAAGGCAACCCUCUGUGGUGGGCACCAAGCCGGUGCACACUGCCCUCCCCAUCCCCAGUGUUGUCAGAGCAGCUGCAUCUCAGGGCUGCAUGGCCCGGCAGCAGGAACUCAGAGCAAGAGACGGGGCCCCGACACUCAGCUGCCAGCUGUCAGUCAUGUCCGAGUACCAGCAGGAGAGGAUGCCAGGAGGAAAGUCCAGAGCCGAGCCUGAGGAGAGCAAGAUCUGCAAGAUAUACACAGACUGGGCAAAUCACUACCUGGCCAAGUCCGGCUGUCCACGCCUCAUCAAAGACCUCAGCCAGGAUGUCACUGAUGGAGUCCUGCUGGCACAGAUCAUCCAGAUCAUAGCGAAUGAGAAGGUGGAGGACAUCAAUGGCAGCCCCAGGAGCCAGUCGCAAAUGAUCGAGAAUGUGGACGCCUGUCUCAGUUUCUUGGACGCCAGAGGAGUGAAUGUCCAAGGGCUCUCAGCAGAAGAGAUCAGGAAUGGCAACCUAAAGAGCAUCCUGGGCCUCUUCUUCAUCCUCUCACGCUACAAGCAGCAGCAGCAGCAACAGCAGCAGUACUACCAGUCCCUGGUGGAACUCAGCCAGCAGACCAGCAGCACUGCGCCGUCCACCUGCAGCCUCAAAACACAAGAGAUGCAGUCCAGAGACUUCCGCCACUUCCUGCAACACAUUGGCUCCCUCAUUAAGCCGCACUAA